AGAAGGCUGACCAUCGUCUAUGCCACCGAGACGGGCACUGCACAGGAUGUGGCACAUAGGCUGGCAAGAGUGGCGAGGAGGCGCAGGAUGGAGGUGGAGGUGGUGGCGGUGCAGAGCUACGGUGCUCUGACUCUUCCAGAGCAGAGGCUCAUCGUGCUCAUCAUCUCCACCACCGGUCAAGGCGACUUUCCCGCCAGCAGCAUGGCAUUCUGGAAGUUCUUGUGUCGAGCAGGUCUGCCCACCGACAUUCUGCAGGACACGCACUUUGCCACGCUGGCAUUGGGCGAUUCCAGCUACGAGAGGUUCUGCUGGCCUGGAAGGAUGCUGCACAACAGAUUGCUCCAGCUUGGCGCAUCCCCAUUGCUGCCCCAUCAAGACGCAGACGAUCAGCACUACCUCGGCAUCGAUGGUACGCUGCAUCCGUGGACAAGGCAGCUGUUCGAUGUGCUAGAGGAGCACUAUCUGCAGCAGUUGUCUCCUUCCCUCAGCUUCAUCCCCGACGAUGAGCCGCUGCCUCCACUCUUGCGGCUCGUGAGAUCCUCAAACACAAACGCACAAGCCAGCACCAGCACCAGCAAACUGCCAAGCCCUGCACCACAAGUCGACAGCUCAUCCAGCCGCAUUCACAAGGCCGUCGUGGAGCGCAAUGAUCGCAUGACCAUGCAGACACACUUUCAGGAUGUCAGGCUGCUCAGAUUGCUCAUCAUCUCGCCUCGCAGCAGGUACGAGACGGGCGACGUCGCUGUCCUGCAGCCAGAAAAUUCUGCCGCAGAGGUGCAGAGGUUUCUAGAUGCUGCCGGCUGGGCGGACACGGCGGACACGCUCUUUGAAAUGCGAGCAGACAGCGAUGCUCCCUUUGUCAAAGGUCAGCUUGUUACGCUGCGCACCCUACUCACCAGGCAUCUCUCACCCCUCAGCGUGCCGAGAAUGUCCUUCUUUGACGUCAUGCGGCAUUGGGCGCCCAAGGGUAGUCUGCAGCGCGAGAAGCUCGACGAGUUUUGCGGAUCGGCACCGGAGGGCCAGUCGCACAACGAGGGAGCCGAUGAGCUGUACGAGUAUGCGAUGCGAGUGCGCAGGACCUGCACAGAGGUCAUCGAAGAGUUUGACGAGGUCAGGAUCCCGCCGGAUUACAUUCUCGAUCUGCUGCCCCCUUUGCGUCCACGCGAAUUCAGCAUCGCUUGUGCCAAAGAGACUAAUGAAUGCAUUGUUGAGCUCGCAAUUGCGCUCGUCAAGUAUCGAACGCGACUCGAUAAGCCUAGACGAGGAGUCUGCUCGCGUUGGGUAGAAACAUUAGAGCCAGGCACAAUACUGCCGGUGCGUUUCAAGCGUGGAACACUGCGUCUGCCCCAGUCGCCGCAGACGCCCGUCGUGUUUGUUGGGCCUGGCACAGGGGUUGCGCCGAUCCGAGCUUUGGUUCAACAGCGAGUACGGUCGCUACCAGCGCGCAAUUCAGACCCCAACAACACACUAGUGUUUCUGGGAUGCAGACACUCGCAGAGGGACUGGCUGUUUAGGGACGACUGGAAACAGCUCGCAGGAGAAGAUGCUCAGAGUAGUCCGAUACUGAGGUAUUUUUUGGCAGCCUCGCGCGAGGCGGAGGAUGGUGCCAAGACGUACGUGCAAGACAAGAUUUUGGAGCAGAGCGCGCUUGUCUGGGACGCCCUGCGCUAUGUGAUGAUCUCUGGCUCUUCGGGCAACAUGCCAUCAGGAGUCAGAAAGGCGGUGGAACAAGUGGCAGUUGAACGCGGUGGCUACACGGAGCAACAAGCGAAGGAGUACGUGGAGGGCAUGAUUACCGAUGGGCGGUGGCAAGAGGAGUGCUGGAGCUAG